AUGGCGUCUGAGACAGGUGUGCUGGAUGUGCCUCCUGAGAAGGUGCUGCUCAAAGACCGCAUACAUCCUGGGCGCAUGUUCAUGUUGGACACGGAUGAAGGCCGGCUGGUAGACGAUGCCGAAUUGAAGAGCGCAAUUGCGGCACAGCGACCGUACGGCGAGUGGCUACGUGAGAACCGUGUGUCACUUGAUGACCUGCCGGAGGUUCCUCAGCAGCCGACUCUCAGCCGCGAUAUUCUGCUAGCGCGACAGGUCGCGUUCGGCUACACGCUCGAAGACCUGCGCAUGAUUAUGGAGCCGAUGGCAGAGACCGGCACUGAACCGAUAGGUUCAAUGGGCAACGACACGCCGCUUGCCGUGCUGUCGGAGCAGAGUCCGGUGCUGUUCAACUACUUCAAGCAGUUGUUCGCUCAGGUUAGCAACCCUCCUCUGGACGCAAUCAGGGAAGAGUUGGUUACUUCGCUGGAAUCCAGAGUGGGGAGCGAGGGCAACCUGUUCUCGGAGACGCCGGGGCAGUGCCGCACAUUGCGCGUAAAGCGUCCUGUGCUGACGAAUGCCGAGCUGGAGAAGAUGCGCCGCAUCGACAUGCCGGGCCUGAAGGCGAAGACGAUACGCACGCUGUUCACAACCGACGAGAAUGACGGGGCGCUUGCCCGCGCCGUGCGGAGGAUAUGCGAAGAGGCGUAUGAGGCGGUUCAGGAAGGCAACACGAUAAUCAUCCUGUCGGAUCGAGGUGUUGAUGUUUACAACGCGCCGAUACCGAGCCUGCUUGCCGUUGCGGGUGUGCAUCACCAUCUGAUACGGCAGGGCGUUCGCACGAAAGUGAGCUGA